AUGGUUCUCAAACCCCUGGACUCCGUCGAGUUCACGGACGCGAGCAAGUCAGCCGUGCUUCACCGUGAUCUCAAGAGCUAUUUCAUCCGCACCGUAGGCGGCGAAGGCAACUGUUACGUUGUCGAGGGCGGUAGGAGGAUAUUCGACGCAUCCGGAGGCGCCGCUGUGGCAUGUCUCGGCCAUGGAGACGAACGAGUGAAGGAGGCCAUGAUUCGGCAGCUCAGCAGUGUCGCUUACAGUCCUUCAACCUUCUUCACAACACCAGUAUGCGAGCAGUUAUGUCAAUUUCUUGUCAACAGUACCGAUGGUCAUAUGUCAAGAGCCUACCUGGUCAGUAGCGGUUCUGAGGCUAUGGAGGCUGCGAUGAAACUUUGUCGGCAGUACUUCUUAGAAAAGAAGCCAGCAGAGUCAAAGAGGCAUCUCUUCGUCGCCCGCCAAAGUUCAUAUCAUGGGACAACACUGGGCGCAUUGUCCAUGGGGGGCCAUGUUGCCAGGCGAGCCAACUUCAAGCCCAUGCUACUUGACAGCAUCGUCUCACACGUGUCCCCAUGCUACGCUUAUAGGGGCAAAGGACCUGAGGAGACGGAUGAGGAUUACGUGGCAAAACUCGCCAAGGAACUUGAGGAUGAGUUCAUCCGGCUGGGACCUGAGAAAGUGUGUGCCUUCGUAGCGGAACCAGUCGUUGGGGCAGCUCUGGGGUGUGUUCCUGCGGUGACCGGCUACUUCAAGGCCAUGAAAUCUGUUUGCGAUCGAUAUGGCGCCCUGCUCAUAAUGGACGAGGUCAUGAGCGGCAUGGGUCGCUGCGGAACACUUCACGCGUGGGAGGCUGAAGGAGUCGCGCCGGACAUCCAAACCAUCGGGAAAGGCUUGGCCGGAGGUUAUCAGCCAAUCGCCGGGGUACUUGUUAACAAGAGAGUCGUCGAUGUGCUGGAAAGCGGAACCAGUGCUUUCGUCCAUGGCCACACAUAUCAAGGGCACCCGGUUGCUUGUGCAGCGGCCCUCGAGGUUCAACAGAUUAUCAAAUCGGACGGACUGAUUGCCAAUGUGCAGAGCAUGGGCCAGCUCCUUUCCCGUCUUUUGAAGGAGAGUCUCAGUGGCCAUCCUUACGUUGGGGACAUCCGCGGGAAAGGACUCUUCUGGGGCAUAGAGUUCGUCCGCAACAAGGAGACCAAGGAGCCCUGGCCCACCCAGACGCACGUUGCAGCGUCCAUCAACGAAUUGGGCUUGACAGACGCUUACGGCAUCGUGGUCUAUCCUGGAUCUGGAACGGCGGACGGUAUGGCGGGUGAUCACAUCAUCGUGGCUCCACCGUAUACGGUGACAAGAGACGAAGUUAUCUUCGUAGCCGAGACGGUUAUCAGACUCAUCAACGACUUCUUUGCCAAACUGUCAUAG